ACUAUCAUGGCCUCGCCGAGGUUCGUCGUUCUCACCGGUUCUCCAGGUGUUGGCAAAACCACCAUUGUAAAGAGCGCUGUGAAGGCUCUUGCUGAUCAAGGUAACGCUGUCUCCGGCUUCUACACGACCGAACUACGAGAGGAUGGAAACAGAAUUGGAUUUGAUGUUGUUACGACAGAUGGCAAAAGGGCCCCGCUAGCUCGGCUUCGCGAAAUGUGCCCCGGCGGGAAAGGUCCGUUUGUCGGAAAGUACUGUGUCACUGUGCAAGCAUUCGAAAAGAUUGCCCUGGACUCCUUGAAAAAACCACGUUGCGAUGUACUUGUUAUCGACGAAGUUGGCAAGAUGGAACUUUUCUCCAAACCAUUUGGGAACCAGGUCGCUGAACUCUUCUCUGACGAAAGCAACUGUAUUCUCGCUACCGUACCCGUGAGUACUGGAACGCAGUGCCUGCCUCUCGUGGACCAGAUCAAAAGUCACAAGCGCGCACGAGUUUUGACCGUGAACCGCUCAAAUCGGGACCAUCUCGUGAAUGAAGUGCUGGACAUUAUUCGCAGUGCUGUUGGAAAAUAAAACAG